CCCUGCGGAGCGGGAGGGAAGGAGCUAAGGAGCGAGCGUAGCGGCCGUCGCCCGAGCCGAGCCGCGCAGCCGGUCCGCCCGCCCGCUCGCGCUCCAGUCGCCGUGUCUAGCAGCGGGGCCCAGCAUGGUCAUGGCGGAUGGCCCGAGGCACUUGCAGCGCGGGCCGGUCCGGGUGGGGUUCUACGACAUCGAGGGCACGCUGGGCAAGGGCAACUUCGCCGUGGUGAAGCUGGGGCGGCACCGGAUCACCAAGACGGAGGUGGCAAUAAAGAUAAUAGAUAAGUCUCAGCUGGAUGCAGUGAACCUUGAGAAAAUCUACCGAGAAGUACAAAUAAUGAAAAUGUUAGACCACCCUCACAUCAUCAAACUUUAUCAGGUAAUGGAGACCAAGAGUAUGUUGUACCUUGUGACAGAAUAUGCCAAAAAUGGAGAAAUUUUUGACUAUCUUGCUAAUCAUGGCCGGUUAAAUGAGUCUGAAGCCAGGCGAAAAUUCUGGCAAAUUCUGUCUGCUGUUGAUUAUUGUCAUGGUCGGAAGAUUGUGCACCGUGACCUCAAGGCUGAAAAUCUCCUGCUGGAUAACAACAUGAAUAUCAAAAUAGCAGAUUUCGGUUUUGGAAAUUUCUUUAAAAGUGGUGAACUGCUGGCAACAUGGUGUGGCAGCCCCCCUUAUGCAGCCCCAGAAGUCUUUGAAGGGCAGCAGUAUGAAGGACCACAACUGGAUAUUUGGAGCAUGGGAGUUGUUCUGUACGUCCUGGUCUGUGGAGCUCUGCCUUUUGAUGGACCAACUCUUCCAAUUUUGAGGCAGAGGGUUUUGGAAGGAAGAUUCCGGAUUCCAUAUUUCAUGUCAGAAGAUUGCGAGCACCUUAUCCGAAGGAUGUUGGUCCUAGACCCAUCCAAACGGCUAACCAUAGCUCAAAUCAAGGAGCAUAAGUGGAUGCUUAUAGAAGUUCCUGUACAGAGACCUGUUCUCUAUCCACAAGAACAAGAAAAUGAGCCUUCUAUCGGGGAAUUUAAUGAACAGGUUCUGCGAUUGAUGCACAGCCUUGGAAUAGAUCAACAGAAAACUAUUGAGUCUUUGCAGAACAAGAGCUAUAACCACUUUGCUGCCAUUUAUUUCUUGUUGGUGGAGCGCCUGAAAUCACAUAGAAGCAGUUUUCCUGUGGAGCAGAGACUUGAUGGCCGACAGCGUCGGCCUAGCACCAUUGCUGAACAAACAGUUGCCAAGGCACAAACUGUGGGACUCCCAGUGACCAUGCAUUCCCCCAAUGUGAGGCUGAUGCGAUCUGCCCUCCUCCCACAGGCAUCCAACGUGGAGGCCUUUUCAUUUCCAGCAUCUGGCUGUCAGGCAGAAGCUGCAUUUAUGGAAGAAGAGUGUGUCGACACUCCAAAGGUAAAUGGCUGUCUGCUUGACCCUGUGCCUCCUGUCCUGGUGAGGAAGGGAUGCCAGUCACUCCCCAGCAACAUGAUGGAGACCUCCAUUGACGAAGGGUUGGAGACAGAAGGAGAGGCCGAGGAAGACCCCAGUCAUGCCUUUGAAGCUUUUCAGUCCACACGCAGUGGGCAGAGGCGGCACACUCUGUCGGAAGUGACCAACCAACUGGUCGUGAUGCCUGGGGCAGGUAAAAUGUUCUCCAUGAGUGACAACCCCUCCCUUGACAGUGUGGACUCUGAGUAUGAUAUGGGGUCUGCUCAGAGAGACCUGAACUUUCUGGAGGACAACCCUUCCCUUAAGGACAUCAUGUUAGCCAAUCAAGCCUCACCCCGCAUGACAUCUCCUUUCAUAAGCCUGAGACCUACCAACCCAGCCAUGCAGGCUCUGAGCUCCCAGAAACGAGAGGCCCACAACAGGUCACCAGUGAGCUUCAGGGAGGGCCGCCGGGCAUCAGAUACCUCCCUCACCCAAGGAAUUGUAGCAUUUAGACAACAUCUUCAGAAUCUGGCUAGAACCAAAGGAAUUCUGGAGUUGAACAAAGUGCAGUUGCUAUAUGAACAAAUAGGGUCAGAGGCAGACCCUAACUUGGCAUCUGCUGCCCCUCAGCUCCAAGACCUCGCCAGCAGUUGCCCUCAGGAGGAAGUUUCUCAGCAGCAGGAAAGUGUCUCCACUCUGCCUACCAGCGUGCAUCCUCAGCUUUCUCAGCGGCAAAGUCUAGAAACCCAGUACCUGCAGCAUAGACUCCAGAAGCCUAGCCUUCUGUCAAAGGCGCAGAAUACCUGUCAGCUUUAUUGUAAAGAACCACCACGAAGCCUGGAGCAGCAACUACAGGAACACAGGCUCCAACAGAAGCGACUCUUUCUCCAGAAGCAGUCUCAGCUCCAGGCGUAUUUUAAUCAGAUGCAGAUAGCAGAGAACUCCUACCCUCAGCCAAGUCAGCAGCUGCCCCUUCCCCACCAGGAGACUCCGCCACCAACCCAGCAACCCCCGCCCUUCAGCCUGACCCAGUCCCUGAGCCCUGUCCUGGAGCCUUCUUCUGAGCAAAUGCAAUACAGCCCUUUCCUCAGCCAGUACCAGGAGAUGCAGCUGCAGCCCCUGCCCUCCACGCCUGGCCCCCGGGCUGCUCCUCCAUUGCCCACGCAGCUGCAGCAGCAACAGCCGCCGCCUCCGCCGCCUCCUCCACCACAACAGCCCGGAGCUGCUCCAGCCCCCUUGCAGUUUUCCUAUCAGACUUGUGAGCUGCCAAGUGCCACUUCCUCUGCGCCAGACUAUCCCACUUCCUGUCAGUAUCCCGUGGAUGGAGACCAGCAGAGUGGCCUCACAAGCCCGGACUGUCCCAGGAGCUCAGGACUGCAAGAGGCCCCCUCCAGCUAUGACCCGCUAGCCCUCUCUGAGUUACCUGGACUCUUUGAUUGUGAAAUGCUAGAUGCUGUGGAUCCACAACACAAUGGGUAUGUCCUGGUGAAUUAAUCUCAGCACAGGAAGUGAGGUGGAUCUAUUGAAAGUAGACUGUGAAUUUCUAUUUUUAUUCCAGCCUUUUAAAUUUAAAGCUUAUUUUCUUGUCCUCUUCCUAAUGGGGAAAAAUCAAGUCGCCCAACUGGAAUCAGAGGGCUUGGCUGGGCUGGAUGUGCUUCCUCCUGGCUCUGUCCCACCACAAAGUUUUCUGUGGCAAGUGCUGGAACAUAGUUGCAGGCUGAAGUUCAUGUCCUUAGGUGAAGUGAAGCAAGCACUUAAGGGAGGCACCAACAAAUGUUUUUAUAUGACAACAGCAUUCAGACCUAGGUUUCAUGCAGAAUUAUACCAGUUCACUAUCGAGAGAAACCUCGGUGAGCAGGAACAAUGUGUGCCGUUGUAUAGGUGUGCGUGUGCGCGCGCGUGUGUAUGUAUAGGGCAAAACAAAAAGGCAAUAUAUAUUUUUCACUGAAGCCAAGCAACAACAUAUUGCUUCAAGGCAAAUCAAGAAUACAUAAUGGAAUUUGAUACACAGGAGUAAAGUUGUACUUUGUUGUUGAAUCCUAAGUUCUCAGCUGCUGAUGCAGGUUGUUCCCAAGACUGUCGCAAAGCAGUAGAGCAUGAGCUGUUUCAGGGCCCACUAAAUACUGCUGGUACUGACCCCUGACACCUGCAGUCAUCUCCAUCUGAGAGAAGGUGACACACCUCUUCAGAAGGUGCCCCGGGGUUACCAAGUGUCAGAAUGUACUCAGGGCUCCAAAGAUGUCACCCAUAGAACCAACAGGAGACCCACCACAGUGGAGGCUGGGGGCAAGAAACUGGAGAAAGCAUCAGGAGCACCAGCCCUGGGCCAGGAGACAGGCUCAUUGUGCACAGUCUCUUGUGGAGACUUCAGGCGGGGGCAUCUGGUCUCCAGAGGACCUCUUGUGUCUUCUACAGUGUAGUAACUCCUUUGACUUUACAUUAUAUGUUGCUAGUAGUUUAUUGAGCUUUGUAUAUUUGGACAGUUUCAUAUAGGGCUUAGAAAUUUUAAGAACACAAAAAAUGAACUUUUAAUGUCCCAUGUGAAGUGGUAGUGCUGUGCCUUUUCCCCCACCAUGCUUUAAUUCUUUCUUUUCUGUAGAAACCAAGUUUUCCAUUUAUGUCAAUGCUAAAUCCAAAGUCACUUCAGUUUGUUUUCCACCAUGUGGGAAUCAGCAUUCUUAAUUUCCUUAAAGUUUUGACUUGUAAUGAAAUGUUCAAAAGUAUUACAGCAAUACUCAAAGAACCACAGAUGUGUUAACCAUUUAAGCAGAUCAUCUGCCCAACAUUAUAUUACUAGAAAAACUGAACCCUACAAUCAGUCUUCACAGUAAGUGAAAAAUAGAUGCUACAUCCAGUUAACUGUAUGCCUAGAAGUAAUGAAUGAUCUGUCAGUUUAGACAGUGACCUCCAGGUGUUACAAAUUCAGUAUUACUUACAAAAAUCAUAAUUUCUGUCCUUUAGAAGAGGUGGCUUGUCCUAUCAGCAGAUGAAAGCGUUAAGCACAAAGCGUCUUCCUUAAAGCACAAAGAGAGAUGCCACACUGACACUGCAUCUAGAAACACCUUUAAGUUGCCUUUCCUCUUUGUAGUGAGUGUCCAGGCAGGCAAGGGAAGCAUGCAAGUUGGAGAAAAUUAUUCUGGACCCCAGCCCAGCCCCUGCCAAUGUUGGUGAAUGGAGCAGUCCUUGAAGCUGACCAUGGACUGCUAGGCGUCGGGACUCCCUGUUGAUGCCAGGCUGCUUCACAACAGAACUCUGCUUGGAGUGGGGCUCUGGGUGUGAGAAAAGGGGGAGAGGGGAGACUGUCAUUUUUGUGAUUUAAUAACACAAUGAAAAUCCAAGAAGAGUGAAUUACGCUCCUUUAAUGGGUUGUUUAUGCCUCCUUAGGCUUAAGAUGGAUGAUUUCUUGGGAUAGAAAAAUCAUUUCAUUUGAUCAUUUCAUUAGAUCUAUUUUAAGUCUUUGCAAAAUAAGUCAAGUUCCUGGGGCUGGAUAUAGCUCAGUCAUGUAGAGUGCUUACCCAGCAUGCAUGAAGUCCUGGGUUCAAUCCCCAGCACCACAAAAGUAAAAAUAUUAGACAAUAAUAAUAAAAAAUAAGCCAGUUAUUAAACAGAUCAAUUUGUUUAGACUGAAGUUUUCCCCAAAAUACUACAGAAGCAUUGUAAUAUCAAUGAAAUUAAAAUGCGUCCCAGCACCUUAAUGAAAUUGGGGGUCCCACUGAAACUGGGGGCUGCUCAUUUCAGGACUGUAGGAAUGGCACAGUUACAGCUUGGCAUAGACUCCUGCCCCCAACAGGGCCAUGAGCUGCUUAGCCCAGGAGACCUAGGAGCUAUGUCAGGACAGUUAUGUGACACAUGAGGAACUGCACAGGAGAGGCUGUUGGAAGGUUACAGGACCCAGAGAGAAGUGGGGAAGCACCUGGCAGUGGCCAGUCCUGUUAGGCACUGACAGAGCGGUGGCAUGGACAAGUCCCCUGGUGAAGAGCACGACCUUUCUGCUGGAACCUCUGUUGUAAGCACCUGUUUGCCUCUCUUACUGAUUCCCAGCAGAAAUCAAUAAAUUCCACAGCCCAUGUAUUUCCUGAAAUGUGUGGUAAGCAGAGACUGGUUCUGGUUUGCUAUCUGUCGCCUGUGUGGCUCUGUUCCCUAACUUCUGACCCGUGGAAGCUUCUGCGAGUUUUCCCUUCAUAAAUACUACAGUAACACUAAGAAGGCUUAGGAUCACUCUUGAAGUACUGACUUGCUUGCCGGUCUGUCUCACAUCAGCGGUGUGUACACUACUGUAUAAUAAUCAUUAGCUUUAUUAGCUCGUAAACCAGGCUCCUCUGAAGAGUCUUUGUUGAGAUGAACAUGAGGUAAAAAAUUUCAUUCGGCAAAAAGUGCAAUACGUGUGGUACUUUUUUAUUUUUUUGUUUAUGGUCUCUUUUUAAUCCAGGGGUAUUAGUCUCUGCUUUGAGGAAAAUGCACUAGUUCUGCAAUUUCCAGUUGGGCGAAUGCGUCUCUAGUAUUUACAUGCAACUGACAUGCUGGUCCCUGUAAGGCAAAUAGAGUGUGUUAACACAAGAGAAAGGGUGGGUAAGGCACUGUGAAAUUCCUCAGGAGCUUCACUGACCAGCCCCAGUCCCCACCACCACCAUCUCUACCCUGGCCUACACUGCCCUCCUCCCAAGGAAAGGGGAUUGUUCUCUACACCACCCUCCAGGACCCACUGAAGGGGACAACAGAGGAACACCAGGAGGACUAGAGAUGAGACUGAAGAACUAUUAAAGCAACAAAAGCAAAACCCCUUCCUCUCAGACUUUGUCUCCUAGGAAAGAAAAAACUCCUUCCUCAAAAAUCAAGAAUUCCCAAGUGUUUAAAUCAUGUCCUGGUGUUGGGAAGGUGGAACUGAAGUCAGCUCUUGCCUUUUGUGCUCUGUUUUGACUCGAGUAAUCAGGGCUCUGCACUGUUACAGGGGACUCUCUCUGGAGUAAGGCCCUCCACCUGCCCUGACCCCUUCCAAUUAUGAGUCCCUCAGCAGCAGGAGCUGACCUCUUCCUCCUCCCCCUGUGCACCCGGGGUUGUUCUACCUAAGGCAGGAGAACUCAUCAAGACCUCUAGCUAGUUGUUAGAAUUAGGAAGGAAGGCAUGUUCGCAGCUGGAGAAUGAUUAGGUGAUAAGCCAGAAACUAAAGUAAGGUGAAAAAUAGCAGCUUCCAGUGACAGUCAGUCAGCUGGUCAAGCUGUUCCCAUGCCCUCACACAUGCCAGGUAUUAGUGCACAAGAACAGCCUCUGGUUAGGAGUGGACUGCUCAGCACCCAGGACACAGUGGGUGCUGCCUCCUUUGCGGGGUUCUUCAACCUCUGGGCAAGCCCCAGUUUCUGCAAUAUAUUGGGAUCAGCUUUUUCAGUUCUGGAUCACACUUAAAAACCUAUAUCAACAGUUGUACUGGGCUGGGGCUGUAGCUCAGCAGUAGAGCACUUGCCUAGCAUGUGUGAGGCUCUGGGUUCGAUCCUUAGCACCACAUAUAAAUAAAUAAAAUAAAGGUGUCCACCUACAACUAAAAAAUAUAUUUGAACAGCAGUUACACUUAAGCUCCCUAUAUUGAUUUAAAGAAAAUUCAUACUCUAGGUAACAUUUUCACAUUCCUCCUCCUUUAGAGACUAUACAUAGUGUCACUUGACAACAUUGGUCCCAGUGAGCAGCUGUGGAAUCCCUGUGCCGGGACUGACCUUUGCUGCAUUUGUACCCCACACUGGGCUGCCUCUACUGCCUCCUCGGAAGCCACCCAAGCCGCUCGGUCUCUUUGUGCCUAGACAUCAAAGGUAAAAACUGGAGAACAGGUAGUAAGUUGGAGUCAUGUACAGGCAGGGAUAUUCGAUCAUUUCGUUGCUUCUGGAAAUUUUUUUUACAGAACUUACUAUCUUCAGAGUGGAUUUGUGGAAGACAAAAGCAGUAUCAUCUGCCUCUGUUUUUAAACUGGACAAAAAAACAUUUUUAAAAGUGUAUAUUUCCCUUCAGGUUCUAUAGUCUGUCCUUGCUGGUCUGUGGCCCAGGCAAAUGACUUGAAACUCCAGAGCUCUUUCUGUCUGCCCUCAAAGGUGGCAGGAUGGACUGAGGCAGUGGCCUUUCAGGGUCCCUUUUGGCCCUGGAGUCUCUGGUCUUACAAUAGCCUCUCACUGGUUUUUUCCCAAUGAAGGAAGCCUGGCUGACUUCUAGAAGACUCCCAGCCAUCCUAGUUGCACCACCAUCUUAUGUUCACAUCUUAUCUGGGUAGAUUCCCACACAGUUGGCAGAUGGGACACAUACUGUUACAUAGACUGAGACAGGGAGCAGCACUGCCCAGAGACAACCAGCGAUAGUUUUGAUGAUCCCUGAAUAUUCAAUUUGCCCGUCCAAAAGAAGCGCUCAUUUCUAUUUUUACCUUAACUUACCAAGCAUUUUCACAAGUAAUCUCAUAAUCCUCACAACAAUUCUAUGAAAUUGGUUGGGGAGGUACCGUCCCAGCUGAGGAAACCAAAGCUCUCUGAGUGUGUACGUGACUUAUCGGAGGUCACAGAACUCUAGUGAGUGGAGGAGCCAGGACAUGCACUUGCUUCUCACAAGCCUUCUCUUUCCCCUCCUCAGUAGCACCUGACUCUUCAUAAGACAGAUAUAUAAACCCAUUGUGAUCAAGCACUGGGUGAAUGUAACAUUGUCCACUGCACUGUCCACUGAACAACUGCCUGGCUUUGGGAGAGAGGUGCCCUUCAGGUGACUCUGUAUUGGACCAGGUUGAGGGAGACAAUCCACAGAUUCACCAUCCUCUUAGUACCCAGUAAACUACAGAAAUUUAGGGUCACAUCAAAUAUGUCUACCUUUUCCAAGUUACACAACACAGUUAUUCCCUGAAGAAGUAUAUGAUAAAAGGACACACCCUUGAUUGCCAAGGGGCCCAGUUGCAGGACCUCAGCCCACCACUGCUGCAGGUCACACAUUCAAGCCCAGGGAGGAGGGCUGUUCAGAACAAUCACACUCCACCGUUACCUGAAGAAGGGCAUAAUGUUUCUUUACAGUGAAAUCCAGUCAAUUAGUGCUUAUUAGGCACUUUAAGGAUUAAAAAAACAGUAACAUGCUUUGAUUGAAUACUUUGACUUUUCAGAGCCAAAGUGGGUGGGUAGCAGGGAGCUUUAAAAAUAGAAUUACAAAACAACAUCCUGGAAAAAUAUGACCCCAGAUGGAAUAAUGUUACAUUAGCAAAUACAGAUAGCUGGGACUUGCUGCUGGCUGGGUGAGGCCUCUCUCCCAAGAUUUGCUCAGACAAGAGAAUUCAAGUGGUACCUUCCCUCUACUGAGGGUGAAAGAAAUCUGCCAUCCCCAAAAUCUCUGAAGGGGAAAGAAGCAGAGAGAAAAAACAGAGGUUGGCUUCUCUUUAGGAACUGCAAUUUGAGAAAUAAAAGUGAUAGAAGUAUUUGCACUUUCUAGAAAGGGCAAGAUUAUUUGCUUAUUUCUGAAGGGAGAAGGGUGGUCUUGAUGGAUGUUUGGUCUGUGAAAGAAUUACUUUUGAUAAUUGUAGUUAUUUUUUCUGUGUGCUUUUUUUAAUUACUAAGAAAAAUUGGUGAGUUCAAUAGCUUUGGUAUUUUGAGUGCAAAUCAUAAUAGCUCCAAUGUGGAAAAAAAAAUCAAAGUGUAACAUGUCAAUGUUAGAAAAUUGCCUAAAAUGCAGUUUAAUAAAUGAUCUUUUUACCAAACAGUAAUUUAAAUGGGGUAAUUUUCUGCAAGGAAAAUGUACUGUUUUUAUGUUUCCAACCCUCUUGAAUUAAAAUAAAAACAACUUGUUUUCUAAGA